AUGCCGUCCAUCCUCAGCGAGGCCGACAAGGAGACCGUCAAGCGCUUCGUCCCCAAACAGAGCAACAAGAUCCAGGCCGUCGCCGUCGCCCGGCUAUACGUCGCGUACCCGAACAGAUCAAAAUGGACGUACACGGGAUUGCAAGGGGCUGUCGUGCUUUCCAACGACCUUGUCGGGAACACAUACUGGCUCAAGAUGGUUGACAUAUCCCCCGCCAUGCGAGGGGUGGUAUGGGAUCAGGAGAUCUUCGACACAUGGAGCUACAACCAAGACCGAACGUUCUUCCACUCCUUCGAGCUAGAAGACUGCGUGGCCGCUCUGUCUUUCGUCGACGAGAAGGAGGCGAAGCAAUUCCUGAAGAAGAUGAACGACAGGGAAAAGAACGCGAGCAAGGCGACCAAGACGACACCAUUCGGUGGGGUUGCCCCCGGAGCAGCAGCCGGUCACCACAAGCACAGCUUGCUAGGUGGCAUCUUCGGAGGACAUAGGCACGCCUCUGCACCGACGCCGCCCGACUCUCCUCGCAACAACGCCCCUUCAAUCGGCCAUUUCCACAGGCAAUCGUCUGGGAGCAAUGGGCACAGGUCCGAGUUUGCGACCCUCGAGGCAUUUGAUCCCGAAUGGAGAGAGCACUUUGGCGACGACCUGAGGAGCAAAGGCCUUACCGAUGACUUCAUCAAGGACAAUCAGGACUUCAUUGUCGAUUUUCUCAAGCAGGAGCAGGCUCAGACGAAGCACUCGACUCCUCCACCCCCACCGCCCCCAGUCAACGGGACCGGUUCCCGAGCUCCUCCCCCUCCUCCAGCACCACGACGAGGCGGCGCUCCACCACCCCCUCCCGCACCAAGAAGGUCUGGGAAGACAGAGUCGGCCGCCGUCGCUAGAGAGCCGACGCCCCCUCGUGAUCCGUCUCCCCCAAGGCCCAGAUUCCACGUCCCGCCGCCGCUGCCUGAUGCCGGGAAACUCGCGCGCGCCGAGACAGCUAAGGCUCCCGGUCCACCCCCUCCACCACGACCGGCAAAGUCCCCUAUCGAAGAUACCAGAGAACCAGGCCACAAGUUUGGUGUGCCUCCGGCAUUCCAAGGCCAGAGGAGUGUUCCUCCCCCACCACAAAGUCGUGGUCCUGUCCCUCCUCCACCGCCGUCGCGAGAAACAAGCGCCAUUCCGCCAGGUCCGCCGCCACCACUGCCUCCGAAGGCCCCUGGAUCGGCCGCGCCGCCCCUCCCUCCUCCUACCUCCCGACCGGCCCCAGGCUUACCUGCGAGAAGCCCGGCAGGGCCUCCUCCGCUACCAGCUUCCAGCGCUCCACCAGCGCCACCGGCGCCAGCUGCCUCGGCGCCACCCCCACCACCCGUCCCAGCAGCAAAUGCGCCCCCGCCACCCCCAUUGCCUCCAACCAACGCCCCGGCUGCUCCUCCUCUACCACCGCCAUCGUCGGCUGGGCCGCCGCCGCCGCCGCCGUUACCUCCCACUGGCGCCCCGGCUGCUCCACCUCUGCCACCGCCAUCUGGUGCGCCAAGCGGAAUCCCGCCGCCCCCGCCACCCCCGCCGCCUGGUGGUGCUGCCGGCAUUCCACCUCCACCAGGCCCGCCCCCUCCGCCUGGACCACCUCCGCCGCCGAACCGCGACUCGGGCUACUCUUCCGGUGUGCCAGCAGCGGCUGGUGCUGACCCUGGGCGUGCUGCUGUGCUGGAUGGUAUACAGAAGGCUGGCGGUAUCGGUGCUUUGAAGAAGGUUGAUAGGAGUCAAAUUCGUGACAGGAGUGCGGCACAGGUUGGAGGCAGCAGCGAUACAGGCCCACAUGGGAGUGGUUUGCCGCCAUCAGGGGUCGCACCAGCAGGCGGCGGUAUGGCCGAUGCUUUGGCAGCGGCCCUUGCGGCGAGAAACAAGAAGGUUGCUCAUAGUGACGACGAGGACGAUGACAACGACUGGGAUUAG